CUCCUGGACCUGCUGCUGGGGCUGGCGGGGGGGCUGCGGCACCGCCUCAACCACCGGGACCCCCCCGGCGACACCGGCGGCGACAGCGGCGGCGACAGCGGCGGCGACAGCGACAGCGACAAACACGUCCGGGAGUUUCUGAGCUGGGCCGAGCCGGUGGCCGCGCGAGUCCAGGAGCUGCAGCUGCAGCGCGGAGACUUCGAGAUCCUGAAGGUGAUCGGGAGAGGCGCCUUCAGCGAGGUGGCCGUGGUGAGGAUGAAGGAGAGCGGGCAGAUCUACGCCAUGAAAAUCAUGAACAAGUGGGACAUGCUGCGGAGGGGAGAGGUGUCGUGUUUCCGCGAGGAGCGGGAGGUGCUGGCGCGCGGGGACCGGCGCUGGAUCACGCGGCUGCACUUCGCCUUCCAGGACCCGCAGUGCCUGUACCUGGUGAUGGAGUACUACAUCGGCGGUGACCUCCUGACCCUGCUCAGCAAAUUUGGGGACCGGCUGCCGCUGGCCAUGGCGCGCUUCUACCUGGCCGAGCUGGUGAUGGCCAUCGACUCCGUUCAUCGACUGGGAUACGUGCACAGGGACAUCAAACCCGACAACAUCCUGCUGGACCGCUGGGGACACGUCCGGCUCGGGGACUUCGGGUCCUGCCUGCGCCUGGGGCCGGAUGGCACCGUGCGCUCCUCGGUGGCCGUGGGCACCCCCGAUUACCUGUCCCCCGAGAUGCUCCUCGCCGUCGAGGACCCCUCUCGCUCGUACGGCCCCGAGUGUGACUGGUGGGCGCUGGGGGUCCUGGCCUACGAGAUGUUCUACGGGCGGCCCCCGUUCUUCGCCGACAGCGUCCUCGAGACCUACGCCAAGAUCCUGCACUUCCAGGACCACCUCCACCUGCCCGAGGACGACCGCGGGGUCCCCGCGGCCGCGCGCGCUCUGGUUCGGGGCCUGCUGUGCGCGCCGGGCGCGCGCCUGGGCCGCGGGGGCGCGCGCGAUUUCCGCGCCCUUCCGCUGUUCGCGGGAAUGCGCUGGCGCGCGCUCCGCCGCUGCCCCGCCCCCUUCGCGCCCAGCGCCGCCGGCGCCGCCGACACCUCCAACUUCGACGUGCUGGACGAUUGUCUGAGCCAGCAGGAGCUGCUGGGGGAGCCCGGGGACCCCCCCGAGCUGGGGCUGCACCUCCCGUUCGUGGGGUACUCGUACGCUCGGGGGGACACAGAGGAUGAGGAGGAAGAGGAGGAAGAUGAGGAUGAGGAUGAGGAUGAGGAGUGGGACCAGGACACGGCCAUGGAGCUGGAGGGGGAGUGGGGGACCCCCCCCGAGUCGGGGACCCCCCCGGGCACCGCCACCCCCUUGGCCGUGGGGACCCCCCCGCGAAGGGGGACGCAGACGCGGUUCCCGCAGGUGGCGGCGGCGAUCCCGGCGGUCCCGGCGGUCCCGGUUGCGGUCCCGGCUGUCCCGGUCGCUGUCCCGGUCCCGGAGGCGGUGCCGGUGUCGGUCCCGGUGCCGGUGUCGGUCCCGGAGCUCCGGGAGGCGCUGGCCCAGGAGCGGCGCGGGCGGGAGGCGCUGGAGCGGGAGCUCGGGAAACUGCGGGCGGCGGGACAGGGGCUGGCCCGGCGCCUGCAGGAGGCCGAGAGCCGCAACCUGGAACUGGAAGCGAAACUGCGGCGGCUGCAGAGUGACCCCCCCGGGCCCGGCCCGCCCCCUCCCCAAGGAGGCGCGGAGCAGCCCCCCCCCAUGGCCCCCCCCGCGGAGGUG